AUGGAAAGUGAGUGGACCGCACAGCGAAGCAAAAACACAACACAUCUUUAUAUGCAACUCGACGCCAAAAUAGAUGACCUCAUCAAGGUUUCCAAGCAACGCCAGUGACUUCCACUGGGUGCAAAGGCCAAAAUGUCCGUUCAUCCGCUGUGAAGCUCACUGUUGGUUAUUCAUCCUGAGAGGAAAAAUGUUUAUUGUUAGUGAAUCACGACUAAUUCUCCUCAUGAAAAUACUGUACAACGCCGUAAAGAGACUUCGCGAUGGUUUUGCCUCAAGACACUUAUCGGCUUUGUCGGCCAUAUAUACUGAUUCUUCAAAUGCGAUGACAGUAUUAUUAUGACAUGCAGGAGUUAAAGUUCGGCUUUCACCUUUAAAACCCUACUCAUUUUCCUCGAAUGUAUCUUUGAAUUCUUGAUAAAUACGACUCCACCAGCUUCUGACAGCGUCUACCAACAGAAUUUCACUUUAAAUAACAUUAUAAUUCUUACCUAGUUUUGUUGUGUUUUUCUAACAUUUUUUUUUUUUUAUCUAUUGGCUGAUUUCGGUUUUUUCGCGCUGCUGCCCAUCCAUUUAAGCCUUCGGGAGGUGUUGCGAUAAACGAAUUUCGUGUUUUAAAAAAAUUCAGAGGAACAAAUAAAAAUGACAAUCCUCGUACAAAUAGGCUAUUUUACUAGCUUCUGCAAGAAAAAUAUACAUGGUAACAAAAAUGUUAUUUGAAAUACCUAUUUUAUGCUUUAUUUCUGUUUUGUUUAAAUCCAGUGGUCGCUAUGGUGCUACUUCCGAAACGUUUAUUUCUUUCCCUCAACAAUAGUGAAGGGCUGGCACCAUUUGUGAGCAAGGUAAAGCAAGGAAUGGCAGGAAGGGCAAUUGUCAGGCAUUCAUUUUAUGGUCCAAAUUUUGGUCAGGACCUCGUCAUUUAUCUUGAUGCCAACACUAUCAGGUACUCAAGAGCAGUUUUGGGUAGUUACUACUCUGUUCCAGCUUUAGUGAAGGACAGGUUCGCAAUCCUGAAGGGGCCUGGAUGUUGUUUCUCACCUGAUGAGGUGGAGGUAUUUUAUCUUGACCCAUCCGGCUAA